GCCUUCGCAUAUCUCUCAUCAUCAACAACUCCAACUCACGGUUUUGGCAAACAAAGAAAUAUAAAGGAACCCCACUGUAAGUCUGUAACCAAUAUCCCCAAGCCUUUUUCGUUUCAAACAAUUAUAUCAUUGUAAGUUAGCAAUGGAGAAUGAUCUCAACCUCAAGGCAACAGAACUGAGAUUGGGAUUACCUGGCAGUGAUGAGCCCGAGAGACAAAUGACCCCUAGGCCUAACAAGAGAACCUUAUCUGACAUUGUUUCUGAGGGAUCAAGGUCGACCACAGAGGAAGAUCAUCAAGACAAUGCUCCUCCUGCCAAGGUACAAAUUGUAGGAUGGCCACCAGUCCGAUCAUACCGGAAAAAUUGUUUACAAGGCAAGAAAGAUGAGGUUGAAGGCGGGACAGGAAUGUAUGUCAAAGUAAGCGUUGACGGAGCUCCUUAUCUCAGAAAGAUUGAUCUCAAGGUUUAUAGAAGCUACCCUCAACUCCUCUUGGCUUUGGAAAACAUGUUCAAGCUUACCAUUGGUGCAUACUCAGAGAGGGAAGGCUACAAUGGAUCUAACUAUGCUCCAACAUAUGAAGACAGAGAUGGUGACUGGAUGCUUGUUGGAGAUGUUCCCUGGGAAAUGUUCAUCUCCUCUUGCAAGAGGCUGAGAAUCAUGAAAGGGUCAGAAGCCAGGGGGUUGGGGUGCGUAUGAGACGCCCAAAAAAAGAACAAACAAGGAGAUUUUCUUUGGCUUGGAUAAUCCAAAUUCCACAAGGAAGAUGAAGCCUGCUCUUCCUGAGAAGUGAGAGAUGCCAUUUGCUAGAGGAAAAAUUCAGAGACUGCAUCCUUUUCAAUCCAACCAUGGCUGGCUUUUAGCCUCCAUUAUUUCAAAUACAUGUACUUCUUUAUAAACAGCAUAUACCACAAAACCAAAAGGCAGAAAAACAAUGUAGAAAUACUUGAGAGACCCAACUGUACAAAGGAAAUACUAUUUGCUUUACAAUUUUUUCCCCUGGUUAAGCAUAUAUGUAACAAGAUGAUUAAAUGAAAUGAAAUAAACUAUUAAGGUUUAAUUGGUUUACUUCUAAA